AUGAGUUACAUCAUUAAGAUUUUUUUUGUCACAACAUUAUUAUCAACCUCUACCAUAGUUACAAACUCUUUAUUGGCCAUUUUUGCAAUUCCAUUCUUUUAUUCUUGUUAUUUAUUCAACGAAUUAUUUAAAAGUCAUUCAUAUUCUCGAAAAUUAGAUAAACUUGUUAAUGAAUUGUCAAACUCGGUUGGUAAGCCGAUGAUUGAUUCCGCUUCAGAUAAUGAAGAUAAUAAAGAUAAUAAAGGAAAAUAUUUUAGUUUGUUUAAUACUAUAAUUAAUGCUAGAAAAUUCAAUAUAGAGAUAUUAGUUAGUACAUUUACUGAAAAAGGAAGAAAUAGAGCAAUAGAAAGGACUCAAAAAGUCAUUCGUUGUUAUUACUUAUUUGGAAAAGAACUUAAGAGUCACUUUGAUAAACUCAAGGAAUUAGGUAAUAAAGAUCGUACAGCUCAAGCACUAGUUAAUGAAGAAGUCAGAAAACAACUUUCUUAUAAGUAUGUUGAACGAACAAUAUCUAUAGCCCAGAAAGUCUAUGAAUUUUUUAAUGAAAUCGGUGAAGAUAAAAUGCAAAUAAAAUCUUUUUCUGCUGAAGAAAUUUCAGAAUUAAGUUGUGAUGAUAUUGAUUUUAUAUUUGCUAAGCUCGCAAACCUGCAAAAAGAGAAAAAUCAAGAGGAUCAAGAAGGGAUAAAUCAAGAGGAGAAAGAUCAAGUCAUUUAUAUAGAAUAA